AUGGAACAGAAUGCCUCGAGCACUGCUUCUGAUUUCAUGGCCAUCGCUUCCCGAUGCAUUGGCUGCGUCUGCUGCAUGCAAACGAAUCAAUUAUUUAUACUUAUAGUCGGCGAACAAUAUACAUUCGGAAAAAUGUUCCCAUGACUCCAAAAAUCACCAGAAAAAUCACCAGAUAAGCUAAGAAGUAGAAGAUUUAUAUCAUUAGAGGGGAAACUAGGAAUUCUUGAUCGGUUGAAAUCUUGAUGAGUGAUAAGUUAACAUCUAUUUGCAAGAAAUUUAACAGAAAUGUAUCUAACCUAACUCGCACAAUCAGGAAAAAUGAAAGUAAAAUAAGAGCUACAGCUUUCUGCCACAGCGUCAUCAAGUUCAAAGAAAGAUCUUUUAUUAACAAAAAAACAGAAAACUGUUUAAUUAUAUGGAUAGAAGAUUGCAACAGGAAGGACACUCCUUUGAAUAUUUAUUUAGUUACAAUUUUUUGCGCUCUUGGAUUAGUACAUCUUGUUUCAAAAAUUCAUAUAUAUAUAUAUAUAUA